AUGGGUCUCCCUAUCACCACCACCGCCUCCAUCAGCGUCCCAGCGGCCAACUCCUUCGGAGCCACCGUCCUCCAGCCACAAAGUGACACUAACAACUCGACCGGCAACGGCAGCUGUCCAUUCGUCGCCAGCACCCACGCAACCGACGCCACCCCGCAAUGGGCACCAGGAGCGUCUGCCGCGCCGUUGGGCGUCUUGACAAAGCUGGAGAACCGCACCUUCACCGGUAGAGGAUUCAACACCAUCUUCCGCCCACACAGCACCACUUCCCCGACCCCGCUCAAGAUCACCCCCGUGCUGCCCCAGGGUUUCAUCCCGGACAACAUCCUCCAGCUCAACAUCACGCAUGAGACCCAGGUCUUCGCUCCCGGUCUCGGGGAUGUGCCCAACCGCGGCCUCAUGAAGCAGCAAGAUAUCGAUCUCAACGGCGUGCCCUACACGCAGACGAUUUACGACAUCACGGAGCCGGAACCCAAGCCUCCCGUCAUCCACUUUGAGCCUGGCCUCUGGAUGCACGUUCCGGAGACCACCAUCCCCAAGCUCAAGACUUCCCUCGCCCGCAUGGCAUCCAUCCCGCACGGCACCACAAUCAAUGCCCAGUGCUUCUCGGACCCGUCCUUCAGCGUGGGCGCCCCUACGAUUCCCACGGUGUCAAUCACCCCAUUCACCAUCAACGGCAAGAAUCCCAUUACCUUCCCCAGCCAAACCGCAAAGGAUCCCGGAACCUUCCGCCUCCCCCAGGACCUCGACCCGUUCGUGAAAGCUCAAACGAUCACGCAAGAAAUGAUCAACGACCCCAACGUCGUCCUCAAGAACGCCAACAAGGGCAAGGACAUUGUCGAGCACACCAGCUACUCCAUCACCACCCAGACGCAAGCCCCCAACUUUGGCGGCGGCACCAGCAACAUUGGCUUCCUCAUCGGCGACAAACAACAAAACCUCGAACUGCCCAGCCGCGCCAACGCCAACGCCGUCAAGAUGGAGGCGCAGUACUGGAUCUCGACCGUCCGCACAAAGAUCCGCCUGGAGCCGUGGAAGGAGGGUCCCUCCACCGCCGAGCCGUGCCGGCACUUCUCCCCGCUCCCGAUCCGCGACGGCGAGGAGGUCCCCGUGUUCGAGGUCCGCUUUGCGAUCCCCGCGGCCAAGACCGUCUCGGUCACGUACACCCAGCUUCAGUACUCGCAAAACGUCAUUCUCGACUUUGCUCAGCUUAGCUGGCCCCAUGUUACUGUUGGCACGCUUGUCCAGACUAGCCCGACGGUUCUGCCGGCGUCGAUCCUGAACCAGUGA